AUGGAGCCUUCAAAAUAUCAAUAUCUGAUGACAGAUGAGUACUUCUUAGAACACAAUGAAUCCUAUUCUGCAUUUUCUUUUGGAGAUAUUUAAUUUUUUGUGAAUUUAAAUGACUUCGAAGCUCCAAUUUUUUAACCCUCCAAAAUUCAAAAUCCCUAUGCAAGUCUCAUUGGGAACUAUUGUAUCUCUGGUAUCAUGACUAUUUAUAGAAUAUUAGAUUCAUCCAUUUUGUUCAUCAAUAAAGUUGAUCCAAUAUUUGUUGCUAUCAGACUACUAAGAAAUAAAUUAGCAAAUGAGUAAUAAGCCAAAUCUAUUGAGUUUGAGAACAUCUUCGACAAUGAAGACACCUUUCAAAUUUAUCUAAGUAAAUGCAGAUCCAUUAGGGAGAACUUUGACAGUAUAAGUAUCACAAAAGAGGUCGGUGAUGAACUAUAUGUGAAAUUGGACAAAGGAAGACUAUUUCAAUUUUUAGAUAUCAAAUACAACAACAUUCGCCAAUAUUCCUAAUAGGGUAUUUAUUUUGUAAAUGAUUGCAAUUAAAAAAAAUAAGAUGGUACUUAAUAAUUUAAAACUAGAAUUUGAGUUGUAAGCUUGUAUUCUAUUUAAAUAAUAUAUGGGGGAUCAAUUAUUUAAUGAGUUUGAGGCUGCAAGGAAGCUUAUUGUACAUAAUUAGAUAACAAACUCUAAUGUAGUAAUCGAUUAAGUUCAUAGAGAGGAAAAAGCAGAUCGAGGGGAUAAGGAAAAUCAAUAGAAAAGGAACACUAACUAAGAAAAAUAAAAGGCAUCAGAAACCAAAACUUUAGAAGCGGGGAAAAAAUGUCAUAAAUUGGACUCAUUUUGUAUUAAAAAUAAAGAGUAAUAGUAAUAGUCAUGA